AUGGCCAGAACUAAGCAAACUGCCCGUAAGUCCACAGGUGGUAAGGCACCACGCAAGCAACUCGCCACCAAGGCAGCAAGAAAGACAGCCGCCCCGCAAGCAGCUGGUGGUGUGAAGAAGCCACAUCGCUACCGUCCAGGUACCGUCGCCCUUAGAGAAAUUCGUCGUUACCAAAAGUCGACCGAACUCCUCAUUAGAAAACUCCCUUUCCAGAGAUUAGUAAGGGAGAUUGCGCAAGACUUCAAAACGGACUUGCGUUUUCAAUCUUCCGCUGUUAUGGCCCUGCAGGAAGCCAGUGAAGCGUACCUUGUCUCACUCUUCGAGGACACGAACCUUGCUGCCAUUCACGCAAAGAGAGUUACAAUUCAGCCAAAGGACAUUCAACUUGCCCGUAGAUUGCGCGGUGAGCGUGUGUAA